UGGGGGCGGCUAAGCGUAUCGUAUUCCUGGCCAAAUGGUACUCCCACAGGUCUACAAACUUACUACGAACAGUUAGCGUCUAGACAACCAUGUCAACGCACGUUUAUUUUUGUUUGAUUGUUACUAUAUCCCUAUUUAUUGGGGCGAAAACUGACGAGUGCCCACCGGACCGCGAAGAACAAUCUCAUGAAGAGGCAAAGUUGCACAAAGAUUUGUUCUGCUCAUAUAAUUAUGACUACCGACCAGUUAAAGAUCACAAAACCUCGGUUAAUGUUAAAGUUCGCUUUGCAAUCAAAUAUAUCAGCUUCGACGCUUUGGAAGAAACGUUCACCGUUCACAGCUGGGUAGCUUUGAAGUGGAAAGAUGAAUUUAUGUCGUGGAUACCGUCCAACUACGGCGACAUAAAAGAAAUUCAAGUGGAGAGUCACCUUCUUUGGACACCUCACAUGGCUUUAUUCAAUGCCGAUGCUACUUCUGCAAUGUAUCAAUCGGACCAAUUUUACACAACUUGUUUAUUGGCGAACACUGGCACCGUCACCUGCGUGCCGAACCUUGCUCAUACGGGAAUCUGCCGCACGUCACUUCGUCGUUGGCCGUAUGACGUGCAAAAUUGUACGAUGUUUUUUGGUUCAUGGAUGCAUACAGGUGAGCAAGUUAAUUUUACAUUCUACCAACAACAACCAGUUGUCCUUGAAGAUUUCCAAGACGGUCCCGGCUGGAAACUACUGAACUUAUAUCAUGAACGGUUGCCAGGAAACUAUCAUUGCUGUCCUAACAGCACAUAUCCCAUGUUAAAGUACACUUUCGAACUAAAAAGAGAAGCAGCGGGGCCGGCAGCUAUUGUGGUGGUGCCGUCGGUUGUCAUCGUGAUACUCACUCUGACUUCGCUUUUACUUGGCGUUAAAGACACGACCAGGUUACUAUUGAUAUGCUUCAGCCUUUACGGACACUUUAUGUUUCUAACUGAAAUUGGUUAUGAAAUACCUAAAUACAGCGCGGACACACCUAUCAUCUUGUUAUUUCUUCGUGAUUCAAUGAUUGUUACUUUAGUGGGGAUUUUGGAAACGUUAUUGCUGAUGUACUUACGGCGCCAAAAAUUACCAGCACCGACUUGGAUCGUCAAUAUAAACAGACUCGUCUACCGUGGGGCCGGCAAGUAUGUGGUGUUUACUGAGAUCGAACCAAUCGACACGACUGACACAAAGUCGCUCACUGGAGACGUGCCUCUAGGAGAAGUCCAGCCGAGCUCGGACCCCAAAGACUGGCUUAAACUGGCCAACUUGUUAAACAGCGUUCUUUUCAUCAUAGCGCUUUUAGUUUAUUUAGUCCUAAUAUGCACAUACAUACCUUACGAUAAAUAAUUGUUUUUAAGAAAUUUAUGCAUUGCCAGGCGAUGUGGUUAUAGUAUCUAUAUAUUCUUAUGUUUAACUAUGUGUAUAGGUGACUCAUAAGAGAACGUACAUAAUUAAAUGUUAGUGAAUAAGA